GGUUAUGGCGAACUGCACUGGUGGUGAAUUUUUCCAGCUACCAUGGAUCGCAGAAUCGUUCCAUUCGUUUGCACACGUUAACUUUUAUUUCCACAAUGUUUCUUCUGUUUUUGUCCCUACUCUUCAAGAUUACCAACAGGCAUUGUUCCUAUAUGCCUUGGGUCCAUGCCUAUUCGGUGGUCUUGUAUUUCUUAUCUUCUGUGGACAUUUCUUAGCAAGUUGGUGUUCCUGUGAUAAAUACCCCAGACCACAUGCAAAAUGUGUUAUGGCUUUGCGAUACAUUGUCUUGUUAACAUCUGUUUUGUGCAGUGGUGUGGUAAUUGCGGGAUUCAUCUUUAAUGACAAAAUAGACAAAGGGGUAACUGGAGUGCUUGAAGGCGUGGAGCAUGUGAAUGACAGUCUGUUAGAAAUCCAAACAAAGGUUGAUUCUGUAAAAGAUGGGCUAAUAGACAUGGACAGUAUCCUUCUUGAUGCAAAAUCAGACUGCUCAGGAAUUUCUAUGGGUGAAGAGUUGAUAGAUAAAGUUAGACUCAAAAUUGAAGGCAUUGUGACCAGUUUAGUGAGAAUAAAGAAAGUUAAUCUUCCAGCGAUCAAUAAAGAUAUCCAUGACAUCGAGUACUACAGAUGGUGGACUACAUUUGGUACAAUGUGUUUGAAUCUUCUUGCCUUUUUGCUCAUGAUUUAUGCAAUCCUUAGAAGGAGCAGAUGUGGAAUUGUACUAGCCAUCUUAGUUGGUAUCAUCUGCCUCUUAGUGAUCUCUUGUGGUGCAGGAGUUGAUUUGGCUAUGGCAGUUGGUAUGUCUGAUCUAUGUGUGAAUCCUAAAGGAACAGUUUAUUACUACAUCAAAAGUCAACCUGUAUUGAAAAAUACUGGUGUUGUAAAAUAUUAUAUGGACUGCCCACUGGAUGAACAUAACCCAGACCAAAAGUAUGCAGACAAGGCCAAGGAAUAUUUGGAGGAAGUUCUAAGCCUUUUUCAUAAUCUUAUGAAUAUGACAUAUGACUUCCCUGCCUGUAAAAAGGAUCUUUUGGAAGGCGAUAGCUACUUGUGCAAGUCACAAGAAAGUGUGUCCGUCAUAGCCAAAAAUCUUGACUGUAGAUAUGCACAUAAGCAAUUUCAGUGCUCCCAGUACUGUGUAUGUUAUGACAUAGCGGAGGGCAUUGCUGAACUGUUGCUUAUGACUCUUAUAAUUGGGUUUUUUCUCAUCAUUAACCACACUCUAGUGCUGCCCAUAUUACUCAGAACUCCGCCAUCCAAGAUUCGAAAGCAUCGGAGCAUUUUACACUUGUGUGGUUCUGACUCCCCCCUUGGAACUCCUUACCAGUCUAUUUCAGAAGAAGAUACCAGAACGGAGUCUGUAGCCCUUAUUCCCAGCGAUGUGCGUCAACCAACGUACAACGCCAUGCAUCGGUCUUCAAUGGAGUUUCAUUCCUUCGAGGACUCGUGGAAACCCGGACGUUUUAGUUCAGUAGGAGCUAACCCGUUGUUGACUUCCGCUUUUCCGCCGUCUUCGUCAGCUGCAACCACUAACACUGACCCUCUAAACAUACGAGGCCGAGGCGAGAUCAACAGUAUGGCGUUCUAAAACGAGACAAUGACGUCAUCCUCUUCACCAGACUUCUCCAAGGAGUUUUAGGAUUCCCGUUUGAUCUACUCUUGAGGUGUCCUUUGGUAGGAAAACUAUUGCACUUCACGUUUGCAGCGAAAAUUUUCGAAACGUAAAUAACAAAACUGAAAACGGGGUAUUCAAUAUUUUUAUGCGUGCCUUUUAAGGCUAUUCAAAGUAAUUUAAAGAUGUAAAUCGGCCGAGGCACAAAGCUUUUUUAUCAAAAAGCUAUUGACUGUUUUAAAUCAAAAGUUUUCAGAGGCAUAUAUAUUUUUAAAUCUAAAUUAUUUCAUUAUUUAUCACCAUCAGGUGUUAAUACAUGUACGAUUAUUUUUAUACGAUUUUUAAGAGAUUGAUGGGAUCAAAUAUUUUGAAGAAAAAUCGAAAGGUACAUGUGGAAUUCUGUUUUUCUUGAUCGUAGUAAUAACGUUCAUCGAAAGUUGAGAAGAUUACUUUACAUCAAGUACUAAUUCUUGUAAAGGGAAUGUUUUAUUUUUACGGUUAUAGAACCGUUGCCUGAGGUUGAACGCGAAUUACAGUAUGACAGUUGUAAUAUUUGUGCAAAAAGUAGAAACUUUUCAGAAUAGAGCUGGCUUCCAAAAACGACCACUGGCCAUGACGAAGUGUCGAAGAUUUUUUCGGAAGAGAUGUAGAUGUGAAUGAUGCUUCAAUUGUUGUCAAAACCAAAAUUGUGCCCCUACAACUGAUAUUAGUCGCAAUAUAAUGUGAUUUAACAAUUUUUGAGAUAGUUUAAGGAGUAAAUGUGUAACAGACUUGACCUUGACCUUGACCUUGACCUUGUUUUGUAUGAUGAGUGAGUGUGUGCGUGUGUGCGUGUGUGCGUGUGUUGUGUGUGUUAUAUCUGAUCCAAGUAAUUACAUUACAUAAAUCACCCAAGUAUAGCUGCCCUUUUUUUCUAGCCCCUAUGGUUAUUUGGAGCAGCUAGUACUCCUUUAUAUUCUUGUCAAUUUAUCAUUAUUUUUAUCAGUAUUUUUUAUGUUAGGUACGAAUAAAGUUGUUGUUGUAGA